GCCAUUAACGAGACUUAUUUUAAACGGUGUGGCAACUGUGGCAGCAGCUGCAAACAGCUGAUCAAUUAUUUGUGUUUCCUCACUCAGUGGAAAAUUUAGUUGUAUGCACAAAACGCUGGAAAACAAAGAGCAGCGACAAUGAGCGAGGCGGAAAAACAGGCGGUGUCCUUCGCCUGCCAGCGCUGCCUACAGCCCAUCGUCCUGGACGAGCAGCUGGAGAAGAUCAGCGUGCACGCGAUGGCGGAGUUAUCGCGUAUGGAAUGGUACAAACAAUACGAAAACCCCUCUAAUGAUUCACCUUUUGCAGUGCCCAUCUACAGGGAUGACGGAAAUAAUUUGGACCCCCAGGAUGCCAGUAGUUUCGACCACUUUGUGCCGCCCUAUAGGCUCACGGACUCCAUCAAUGGCACGGGGUUCAUGCUGGUUUCCGAUGGUCGGGACAACAAAAAGAUGAGUGCUGCCUUUAAGCUAAAAGCCGAGCUAUUCGACUGCCUGUCCUCCAACUCGGAAAUUGACCAUCCCCUGUGUGAAGAGUGCGCUGAUUCCAUGCUGGAGAUCAUGGAUCGGGAGCUACGGAUCGCCGAGGACGAGUGGGAUGUGUACAAGAAGUAUCUGAACGAGCUAGAGAAGCAGCGUGAAGCUCCUAAUGUGGACGCAUUAGACAAGGAGCUGGACGAAUUGAAGCGCAGUGAGCAGCAGCUUUUGUCAGAGUUGGCACAGCUCAAGGAAGAGGAACAAUCUCUAAACGCGGCCAUUGCCCAGGAGGAAGUGGAGCGGGAGGAACUGCAUGAGCAGGAGGAGAGCUACUGGCGGGAGUACACCAAACACCGUCGCGAACUUAUGCUCACCGAGGAUGACAAGCGUAGUUUGGAGAGCCAGAUAGCUUACUCCCGCCAACAGCUGGACAAACUGCGCGACACCAACAUUUUCAACAUUACCUUUCACAUCUGGCAUGCCGGGCAUUUUGGAACCAUUAAUAACUUUAGGUUGGGCAGGCUGCCUUCCGUAUCCGUUGACUGGUCGGAGAUCAACGCCGCGUGGGGACAGACCGUGCUCCUACUGUCCGCAUUGGCCCGCAAGAUUGGCCUAACCUUCGAGCGGUAUCGAGUAGUGCCCUUUGGCAAUCACUCUUACGUGGAGGUGCUUGGCGAAAAUCGCGAGCUGCCGCUCUACGGUAGCGGCGGGUUUAAGUUCUUCUGGGACACCAAAUUCGAUGCUGCCAUGGUGGCCUUCCUGGACUGCCUUACCCAGUUCCAAAAGGAGGUGGAGAAGCGCGAUACUGAGUUCCUGCUGCCCUACAAAAUGGAGAAGGGCAAGAUCAUUGAUCCCUCCACCGGCAAUUCCUAUUCUAUCAAGAUCCAGUUUAACUCCGAGGAGCAGUGGACCAAGGCUUUGAAGUUCAUGCUGACAAAUCUGAAAUGGGGAUUGGCCUGGGUGUCCUCGCAGUUUGUCUCGCCGUGAUGUUCCCCUUGUCCAUUUAAAUGUUUAUUUAUACAACUACUUAUUAAUCCAGUUAGCGCUUAGUAUUAAAUCGAGAACUUUCAAAUUUUA